UUUCAGUUUACAAAUGUUGGAUUUAUUUAUAAGUUUUCUUGAAAGCUAAAUAAAUAUGAUCGAUUAACGAAAAGAACGUAUAACGAUUAACGUUAUAUUUAUAUAUCGUUCAACUGUUAUAGGUCCCUCCUCUGGUGCAACUUCAAGCGUUAGCAUCGUUUCUCUACUUUUGUCGUGUGCUCUGUCUUUCCCUGUCCGUGGUCCGUGUCUCUUCUCCGGAUCAGAAAAAUCAUUUAUUUUUGUGCAUUAAAUUUGUUGUUGAGUGCUAUUGGCCAACGUGAAAGAAGGAACCACUUUGCGGUGGUUACCUAAGCUCUGAUAACCGAGCAUAAAAGACAUACUACGAUGGUCGACUACUACAGGAUUCUCGAAGUACAACGGACUGCUACUAGCAAUGAUAUAAAAAAAGCAUACAGAAAAUUAGCAUUGAAAUGGCAUCCAGACAAAAAUCCCGAAAAUUUGGACGAAGCGAAUAAGAGGUUCAAGGAAAUAUCUGAGGCAUAUGAAGUAUUGAUAGACGAUACGAAGAGACGAACCUACGACCAGCGAUUGUAUCAGAAGGCAUCCUCGAGACCAGGCCGUGGAUUCACCUCUCGGAGUUACUUUGACUCUCCCUUUCAACGAUACUUUGAAAAGAAAAGGCGUGUUUACGAUCAAUAUGGAAAGGAGGGUCUACAGAUGAAUGGUGGCAAAAGACGUCAUGAAAGUGACUUCAGGCCAUUGUUUACUACCUUCGUCUUUAGGGAUCCGGAGGAGGUCUUUAAAGAAUUCUUUUCCAAUUCGCCCUUCGAUGAUCCUUUUGCUGGCAUGUUUGGGCCGGGUGUGCGACGAGGACCUGGUAGAAAUGGUUCUAACAACAGUUUGAGUACGUCGUUAUUUGGACGUCUCGGUUUUCGUUCGCCAUUCGAUCAGAUAUUGCAAGGUUCGGCGGAUUGCAAUUUCACUUCGUUCAGCACGUUUCCUGGUUUCGAUGGCACGACAGGUGGCAGUAGGGCAGCAAUUAAAAGGACCAGCACAUCCACACGUUUUAUCAAUGGAAAAAAGAUCACCACCAAAAAGAUAUACGAAGACGGGGAGGAAACCAUAAUGUCAUACGAGAACGACGUCCUAAAAUCCAAGACGGUGAACGGAGUACCACAGUCAAUAACGUUCGAGGAAGUAUCGACAAGUGGUCAGGUUGCUGAGGGGAUCGAUGAUGUUACCGUGAUUAGCCAGACCGUAAAAAUGCAUCAUGGUGAUUAUCCGAAGGGUAGCAGAAGCAAAACCCAUCAUCACCCACAUGUCAAGAAGGUGGAUAAGAGUAAGAGAAAGUAAAGAGACGCGCAUCGCCAUUUCUCUGCGCUUUACGUUCCUUUCUUCAAUAAUUAUUAACGAUCGAUUGGGUUGCGGUACGAUGGACUUGAUGUAAAUUUUUCUUUUUUAUCAUUAUUAUUAUUAUUAUUAUUAUUAUUAUUAUUAUUAUUAAUAUUAUUAUUAUUAAUAUUAUUAUAAUUAUAAUUAUUAUAUAUUAUUAUUAUUAUUACUAUUAUUAUUAUUAUUAUUAUUAUUAUUAUUAAUAUUAUUAUUAUUAUUAUUAUUAUUAUUAUUAUUAUUAUUAUUAUUAUUUACUACGGCAUCGCGUCUGUUGUCGCUUAACGAAGGGAAAGUUCCACGUAAUUAAUAUAACGGAUGUAUAUCUGAUUUAAUAAUCGUAUCUUGUGAGAGUGAUGUUCGGUGAGAAAAAGAAAAAGAUAAUCGUUAUGGAUUUAGAUAUCUAUACGAUUUGAAGAAAAUAAUAAAAUUAAUGUCGAGAUUAGUAAUAGUAAUAUACUUGAAAUUUCUGAUCGUAAGAAAAGCAGUAUAAUAAUAACGUCUGCAGAUAGCAUAUAGUGUCAAUUUUAUAUAUAUAUAUAUAUAUAUAUAUAUAUAUAUAUAUAUAUAUAUAUAUAAAAUUUUGUUUUUCUUUUUGUGGUUGCUUCGUCGACCGUCUAAUUAAUAUCAUCAUUUAAAAUUAAUAUUUAAGGAAUAUGCUGAAAUAACGACAUCAUUUACUUCUAAAUCUAAAAAAUCUAAAAGAUUCGUCGUAUAAGUUUUACUUAUAAAAAUUUACUUGAUUUUAAUUGUUAUAUAUAUAUAUAUAUAUGUGUGUAUAUAUAUAUAUAUAUAUAUAUAUAUAUAUAUAUAUAUAUAUAUAUAUGCAUACAUACAUACAUAGUAAGCGCGUCAUUUCUCUCGGAUGUGUUAAUCGAAUAAGAUACGUCGUUAAAUUUCAGAACUGAUAAUUAUUAUUAAAUUUUAAGCUCUUAUCACAAGUUAUCGCCAAGUGUCCACCAUCAAAAAUUUGUAAUAUUAAGUUUUAAACAUUGAAUCGGUUCAAGUGCGCAUAGAUAAUCCGAUAAGAAGAGACCCCUCCCCCCUCACAUUGCUUUAUCAUUGCCUUAAAUAAAAAUUGCAUUGUCUCAAUAA